AUGAGAAAAUACGAGGGAAUCGAUGAAUUGGAUUAUGUUUUUGAAUCCCAUCGCAGUUUCAUCGGUGCGAUGGCUGUCAAUUUCGCCCACGCAGAGAAGAAGCUGAAAUUCGCUGUGAUCAAGAGGAGAUGGAGCGACGCGGAUAAUGACCAACUUGACGAAUCUGUUCGAGCCGAGUUCCGACGAGCUCAUGAAGAGAAUCAACGCUUUUCCCAGAAAAUUGCCCGUCUUCCGGCUGGUUCAGCAUGGAAAAACGACCGAAUGGAGCAGCUAAGGCGAUGGCAGACAAUCCCUGCACUCACCUAUACCACGUUCUCUCUUGAAGACGAUAUUAAACCCAUAAUGGAUUCAUUUUUCAAUGAAAUGGUACAGCUUGCUGUAGAUGAUAGCAGUGAUCGUUCUAUUGCAAAUAAACCCCCGGUACUCCACUGGACACCAGUACCUCUCGACAUGGAGGUACAGGUGCUUCUACGACUACAGUUCCCACUGGCUGCACCAGAUCAGUCUACUUUCGUGGAAAUGUGCCGAUCGAUAAAACCCUAUAUGAAUACGUCCUAUGAAUGGACAGAUGGAAUAUUACUUACUACGGAGCCGGUUCGUUUACAUGUGGAACGGACGUCUCAAAGUGAAAUCGAGUUAGCGGCUCGAGUAUGUGUGGAUGAGCUAGAAGAGGAGCAAGCCCAAGCUCCUACUAAACUUCUUUGGCCCUAUGUGGCAGUAGCACUGAAGAACAUGUUGAAUCAUCUGGAUGAGCAUCAAUUCCUUCAGUACUCAAUCGAAAUAAUACCAUACGGAACGUCUUUCUUCGAUCCACCACAUCCAGCUCGGGUAUUCGAUCUUGCACUGUUCAUGGGCACAGCUUGCGAAUAUGGUAAGGUGGCAUUCCGAGACCACGAUCAGAUUCACAAUGUCGACCUGAAGAAGUUGUUACCAGAUGGUCCGUUCAACAGUCUUUCCGAUCUCCUAAGUCUGGAACCACCACGACCAAAACGACCACAGCCGCCAAAUUGCCUCGCCGAGUCGGCUCUUUCAAAGAACGGCGAUAUCAGGCCGAAUACUGGUUUAUCUGUCUCACAUAAUCGAGGACGUCGAGUUUCUUUCGGCUCAAUCAAACUGAUGACCGAAAGCAAUGAGCCGGUAAAAGGAGUUGAUCAAUAUGUUGAUGAUAUGUUAAAACAGACGAUGGACGACCUCGUAUUGUAG